AUGUCUCCCUUCCCAGCCAGGGUGGCCCCUCAAGAGGGAAGUGUGUGGCAGCUUCUGUGUGCAGAUCCCUCCUGCCCCAUCUGCAGUGCUGUAGAUCUGGAGAUUCAGCAGUUGCUGGUGGGUGAGAGCACUCUGAUCUCCCCCACCUCAUUGGGUCCAUCACAGACCUCCUCUUGCCUAGAGAUUUUGUCCAUGUCUAAUCUCUUUUUGGAGCAGAUUCAGGGUUCCCUGCAAUCCAAAGAGCUUUCACAUGCAUCUGCAAACCCCACAAAGUCACAACUAAUGAAUUAGAAAUCCUUAAUCCAGUCAGCUUCCCAGUCAACUGGUACAAUCAGCAUCCAAGAUUAUGAGACUGAACAUAUCCAACUAAAGCAGAGAUUUCAAGUACCAGAUGUGUCCUGGGAUGCAAGAGCUCUGUCUUCUUCAAGCCUUGAGGAACCUAGGAUUCCUGUGAACCAGCAGGACAAGAAGAGCAACUGUGAAUGUGUCCUGGAGAAAAAAGAAGCUGCAGAAGCUGGCUUGGGAAAUGAGAUGAAGCACUUUCCACGCUGAAUUAAUCCCAAGGUGAAAGGUCAAAGGCAUAAGGAACCCAUUCUUCUGUCUAAAGAUGAGACAGUGGCCAAAACCACAACAAAAAAGGCUGAGAGGUGGCCACAGCCUGUCAAAGACCUUGUGAGGGCAGCUAAGUUGGAAAAGAAAACAGAGGAGGAGGGCAUGACCUUCUUUGAUGCCCCCCCAGUCCCUAGACAGCAACAUUCCCUUCAGUCCAGACACUCCUGGUUCCUGUGCCUUUCCUGCAAUGGCUGCAAGCACUGUCCUCAGUUGAUUUGUACCACUCAAACAGAAAAUCCAUCUCAGGCCACAGCUCUUACCUUAGCAGAAGGCACAUGUCUAUUGAAGGAGCAUAUCCAGUCCAGGAUAAAGGAGUUAGUAGGUUCCCAAACUUCUGCAUCCCCCUGAAAAAGGCUGUCAUCAUCAUUUCCAUUGAUGUGCAGAUGAGGCAAGAUCCCUCUUCAAAUAUACUCUGUACCUUUAACCAAAGAACCACCUGUUUGUGCUUCCUUAUUUUCAAAUUGAUAUGUGAUAGAGUAGAGGAGGCAAAUAAUACUUCCCAUGGUACAGGAGCGUAAAGCCACACUUUGCUGGG